UGUGUGUGUGUGUGUGUGUCUGUGUGUGUGUGUGUGUGCGUGCGCGCGCGCGCGCGCGCGCGUGUGUUCCUGUGUGAGUGUGUGUAUGUCAGUGUGUAAGUGUGUGUCAGUUUGGAAUGUGAUAUGUGCAUAAUCCCUACAGCAGCUGCAGUAUUACCCACACACACAUACACACACAAAUACAGUGUUCUUUGAGUCCAUAAUACAAGUGUAACACACAGACCUACAGCUUGUGUGUGUGUGUGUGUGUGUGUGUGUGUGUGUGUGUGUGUGUGUGUGUGUAGGGGGAGGUGAGGACCUCUCAGGAUCAGGACUGUCCCACUCUCUGCUCUUAACAAACAGGAAAUAAGAACAUCUCAAUGUAUACCACAGUAUUCUGCCUGUGUGUGUGUAUGUGUGUGUGUAUGUGUGCGUGUAUAUAAAAUGGAGACUGACGGCACUAGAAUAGGACUGAUUGAGGUGCUGGUUGUAAACACUUGAUACACCUGUGUGUGGGGGGAGAAGGGGGUUGUUGUGGCAAUGGGGAGUUCGGCGUCAUCGUUGACUACAGAAGCGGAGCCUGAGCAUGGGUUCAGCGGGUCAUCGUACCCCACAACGCCCCCUGUAGGCUGGAUACGCAACAGUCACAGCAGCCCUGUGUGGGGGAGCCGAGAACACACACACCAUCACACACAUCACCGCCCCCGCAGUCUCUCUCACUCUCGUGGGUCGAUGAUGGAGGCCAUGGUACUUGGUUCUGAUUGGUCAUGUGUUCGUUGUACCUUCUUAAACCCAGCAGGAUCUCCACGCUGCUCCAUCUGUGAGGCACCACGUAACAAACCUGACCUGAACAGAAUUCUGCGCCUCAGCAGCUGCUGGACCUGCCCACGCUGCACACUGACCAAUCACAGCGCAUCAGGGGCAUGCUCAGUCUGUGGAGCACCACCCAGUUCUUCAAAUGGCCCUACCCCUUCUUCUUCUUCUCCCUCCAUCUCAGAACCCAUUACUUCCAACUCGGAGCCUAAACGGCAGCAUGUGGAUGAAGACUUGGUAAAGAAGUCUGAGCCUAAUGGGGAAGUAGGAAGCACAGAAGUGGGUGUGGUAUUGGGGUGGACGUGUCCUCGUUGCACACUUUUAAAUACACCCACAGCUAUGUCUUGCUCAGCCUGUGGCGGCCCACGGAAACUUUCACUUCCCAAAAUCCCACCCGAGGCCCUGGUAGUUCCGGACGUCCGGACGCCAUUGUCUGGGUUUCCUGCACAAAAUUCUGGGGCAGUCAUCGUUGAUCUCACUGAAGACUCAUCUCCUAACCCUGUCCCUUCUCAGACACCAUCUCCACCUCCUAACAAUGCCCACUUCCUUCCACCUUCCUUGUCCUCUUUGCAAAAUAAUCCUGUUCCUCGCAGCAGACGCGAAGUCCCUCCCCCUACGUCCCCAUCGACAGGACCUGCCUCCAAACCUAAGCCUCUCCCUUCCUCAGAACCAGUCAAACGCCUUAGUGUACUUGAAGAGGAGGAGCCAAGUUCUAACCAUCCAGCCCCACCUUCUUGGAAAUGUCCUGGAUGCUCUGCUCCUUCUGGCCCCUCAGUAUCUUCAGCAGGACGAUGUGAUGCCUGUAGAGGGCCGCGCCAGGGGACGGGGCCAAGCACAGAUGUCAUUGAUGUCCUUGGUGAAUCUGUUCGGUUCACUCCAGCCACACCCUCAAGCCCUGAUUUUACAUCAUGGGCAUGUUCCAAGUGCACAUUGCGAAAUCCUACAGGUUCAGGACAUUGCAGUGCAUGUGGAACCUCUAAACUUCAUGGAUUUUCUGAGCCCUUCACUAAAAAGACCUUGCACACUCCCCGAGGGACAGGGCAAGGGGAGAAGUGGGCGUGUCCAGCAUGCACACUACUAAAUGAGGUGUGCGUAAAGCACUGUGUGGCAUGUCACACAGCUCAGCGCUACUUGAGAACCAGAAAAGUGAAAGCACUACGCCGCAGAGAGAGUGUUCACGUGGAACAACGGAGGAAAACUGAUGAGGGGGAAGCAAAGGAACUGUGGGAGAACAUCGUUAGCUUCUGCAGAGAGAAUGCAGUGAACUUUGUGGACGACAGUUUUCCUCCUGGACCCAGAUCAGUGGGAUUCCCGGAGAGUGACAGCGUCCAGCAGCGAAUCAAAAAGUGGCUCCGCCCACACGAGAUAAACUGCAACAACUUUAAGGAUCGUGGGGUGAAGUGGUCAGUUUUUCGAACACCUCGCCCGUCUGACAUCCUACAAGGGCUUCUGGGUAACUGCUGGUUCCUGAGUGCACUGGCCGUAUUAGCGGAGCGUCCCGAGCUGGUAGAGCGAGUGAUGAUCACCCGUUCGAUUUGUCCUGAAGGAGCGUAUCAGGUUCGACUGUGUAAAGAUGGAACCUGGACCACAGUGCUGGUGGACGACAUGCUCCCAUGUGAUGAGUAUGGAUACCUGCUGUUCUCACAGGCUCAGAGGAGACAGUUGUGGGUGGCUCUGAUAGAAAAGGCACUGGCGAAGCUGCAUGGUUCGUAUUUUGCACUGCAGGCUGGUCGAGCCAUCGAAGGCUUGGCCACUCUGACUGGAGCUCCAUGUGACAGCCUCAACCUUCAGGUGAACAACACCAACCCACGUGAGGAGCCCAUUGACACUGACAUCAUCUGGGCCAAGAUGAUCAGCUCCAAGGAGGCGGGUUUCCUGAUGGGUGCAUCAUGUGGUGGUGGGAACAUGAAGGUGGAUGAUGCUGUAUAUGAGUCUCUGGGGCUACGGCCACGACAUGCCUACUCAAUUCUGGAUGUCCGGGACGUUCAAGGCUACAGGCUGCUGCGUCUGCGGAACCCAUGGGGACGGUUCUCCUGGAACGGCUCCUGGUCAGACGAGUGGCCUGAUUGGCCACAGCACUUGAGACACGAGCUGAUGGCUCAUGGAAGUAGCGAGGGAGUGUUCUGGAUGGAGUACGGAGACUUCAUCAAGUACUUUGACUCAGUGGAUAUCUGUAAGAUACACUCAGACUGGCAUGAGGUACGAGUUCAGGGUUCGUUCCCCAGCAGGGCGAGUGGACCAAUCACAGUGACUUCUCUGACUGUACUGGAAAGAACCGCCAUGGAGUUCGCUCUGUUCCAAGAGGGGAGCAGACGUUCUGACGCUGCAGAUAAUCACCUGCUGGAUCUGUGUAUCAUGGUGUUCCGUGCGUCGUUCUCCAGUGGGAACAAGCUGACGCUCGGUCGUUUACUUGCUCACAGUAAACGUGCGGUGAAGAAGUUUGUAGGCUGUGAUGUGAUGCUGGAGCCGGGAGAGUACGCUGUGGUGUGCUGUGCCUUUAACCACUGGAACAGUGGAGGAACACCAGUGUCAAGCCCCACUACCCCUCCUCGGGCGUGUCCUGAUUCUCCAGGCUUCAUUUUGGCCAUCUACAGCUCAAGACAGGUGAUGGUGGAGCAGGUUGAUGCCAUGGCAACCAUACUCGCUGACGCCAUCAUACUACUGACGGAGAACAAAGGAGAGAGACAUGAGGGACGUGAGGGAAUGACUUGUUAUUACCUCACUCAUGGGUGGGCGGGGCUUAUUGUUGUUGUGGAGAACCGACACCCAAAGUUUCACUUGCACGUUUCAUGUGACUGCACAGACAGCUUUAAUGUGGUAUCAACACGCGGCAGCCUAAAGACCAUAGACAGUGUUCCUCCGCUACACAGGCAGGUUCUCGUGGUUCUCUCUCAGCUGGAGGGGAACGCCGGGUUCUCCAUCACACAUCGUUUGGCUCAUCGAAAAGCGGCACAGGCUAAUUUGGGCGACUGGACUCCCACUAAAGCCACACACUCACCACAGCUCACAGCUGAUACAGAGGGACUGCACAAGCCACGCCCACUCUGACACAUGCCUAUAUAUUCCCACACACACUUGUGAGGGGUGGAGCAUAGCAGAACUACUGAGCCAAUCCAAUCACACAACUGUUCCUGGAGCCAAACACACACCACACAAACAAAGAUGGACAUUGAUACUGAUACACACUGUGUGUGUGCAUGUGUGUGUGUGGGUGUAUGAGCGAGCCAAACCUGCAGGAAGUCCGAAGGUCUCCUCCAUUUUUAUACCUGCGUGUCAGGAUGUCUAAAAAAAUAAUUAAAUGUCUUUCUUUUUUUUCUUUUGUGUCAUGUGCUCUCUUUAGCAUAUGUGGGUGGGGCUUAAUUUGCUACAACCAAUCAAGGAGCCAGAGGGAUAAUACUUGAAGUGAAUGUGUGGGAUGUGUGUGAUACUAACCACAGCUGUGUUCCAGUCCUUGUUCAUGAGCCCCUGAUGACUUCCCCUUGGCUAUUAGUACACAUUCAGUGUUGUUACAUGCUAGGUUUUCUACACACUGCCUAGUUAGCGCUAGCUCAUCACUGUCAUCUCAUUGCUGCAGAAAGUUAGCAGCUAAUAUAAUGUGGAAAUGUUAAAAGACGUUUAUUUAGAGUAACAUUCUGUCUGUGUGUUAGUCAGCAACAUGGUUAGUUGGUUAAUGCUAGGUAAUGAGCAAACACACAUCUGAGUCACAAGGAAAAGUGUUGAUACUUUUAUCUGUUAGAUAAUUACCUUGCCAACCAGCCUCGUGAGCCAGCACACCAAUAAUAAUAACCAAUUAUCAUGACACAUUUACAAGCAGAUGAGCUUUAUUAGUUUCUUUCCGUAACAGUUUGGUAAGUUAACUUGGCCACUUACAUGAUAAUCUAACUCGUUAUAGUUUAGUGUUCAGGUGAAGCACACUAUUGUAAUUUAGGGGAAGUCACCAAGGCUGUGAUGAAAGCGUUAUUGGAACACUGUGUGUGUGGGCAGUUGUGUUGUGUGUGUUUGUGCUAAUGUAUUGGUGACAGCUGAUGUGGUGAAAAAGCACAAGAUGAUGGUGAAUAGUGCUCUGAUUGAUCUGAUGGGUGUUUCAAUGGUUUCAUUUAAUCUGAUCUUUCUUUUCCACUUGCUUAAUGUAUGGAGGUCAGUAGCGCCCUCUGCUGCCACACACACAAACACACACACACACACACACACACACACACACACACACACACACACACACA